GUCAGCAACAACACCACCAACCUUCUUGGCCGCACACGCCAGAACGAACCAUGGGAGGCCGCUACGUCCCUCCUCACCUCCGCAACCGCCCAGCGGGAGCAGCGGGCCCGAGCUCGUCCCCAUCAGCGACGGCAACGCAACAGCACGACAACGCCGGACCCUCCUCGCCUCCCCGCGCGGCGUCGAGGCCGUGGUCGUCCCAGGCUGGGCCCAGCCGCCGCCCCCCAGGCCAAUGGGACCACCGUGACGGAUACCGCGAGCCAUAUGGCCACCACCAGGGGGGGCAGGGACCGCACGGCGGCAACGGCGCAUCGCCGAGCUAUGCCCGUGGUGGAGGCGGAGGGGGCGGAUCAGGCGGACCCCGGGGCGGAGGGAGGUCGCUUUACAUCUUUGGCGACAGCUUUGUCGGGCCAUUCAAGCUGCUCGCUGAUAGCCAUACCAAGACGCAGACGUUCAAGGGCGCCAGCGCAAAGGGCCUCAACAACCCCAAGUCGAUCAAGCAGGUGUCCAACGAGCUCGUGCCAUUGCUGAAUACGCUGCUGGCCCCUCCACCGUAUGCGUACCUCCCGCCAACCGGCCGAUAUGCCUUGCUCAUCUUUGGAAACGUCGACCUUCAGAUCAACUACCUGUGGCAGCUGCAGCACAAGCCGAUCACGGCCGCAACUUUUGUAGCAACAGCCAAGCAGGCGGACGCGGAGGCAGCAACCGAGGCGCCUGCCUCGUCAGAGGACAACAUCUUGGCGACCGCCACUGAGAACAGCGGCAAGGGGCCGGCACUAGGGCCCGACAGCUUUGUCGACGUCGUCGUCAAGGCGUACACGAGCUGGAUGGAGCGGGAGAUCGUCAACGGCCCUAUUGGACGGCGGGCACUCGAAGUGCAGAACCAGGCGCAGGCGGCAGGAGGCGGCCAGCGACGGCUCGCGCCAACGCGUGUGCUGGUCGCGGGUGCCCUUCCCCCGCUUGUCGAGGACGUGAUUCUUCCUCGCAUCCCCGAGAAGUAUGUCGAGCGCAUGGAGGAGGACCAUGUGCGCGCCCACAAGGCGCUAGAGCGUAGCGAGAGGGACCGCGGAUCCCGGGCGCCCUGGUCUGCGGCGCGUGGCGCGGCUGCGCCAUCAUCGCCCUCGGCCGGGGACGUGGAGCUAGCCGUCGCUGCGCUUUCCCUCAACGGCGACAGCAACAGCGCUGCGCCCACACCUCCCAACGGCGCCAAGAAGACUACGGUCGAGCAGCUGCUCAAGCACGACCCUAUCCUCUGCACCAAGCCGAUCCGCAUCGUCAUGACGCGCAAGUACAACGCGGCGCUGAAGGAGUUCUGCGCCAAGCACCCGCACGUCUUGACGUUUGUCGACAUCUCCGACGUCAUGCUCGACCUCGACAAGGAGGAGCGCGCGGCCGCCAAGCAGCGCGGUCAUUCCGCCGAGGACGAGUCGCGCGGCCGCGACCUGUACCCCGACGAGGUGGAGCGCGGCACCUGGGGAUGCCCAGUGGACCCGAGCAACAUCCACCCGUUGUGGGAGCCUACGCUCCCGCUGUGGCUCGACACGCUCGCGUCUCUCGGCCUCCCGACCGACAGCUUCCCCGUCAGCGAGGACGCCGAGAAGACGUUCAAGGCGUACGAGGAGGACAAGCGGCGCAGGACCGAGGGCAGCGUCUUUGGCACGCCGGCCGAGGGGGACCCGGGGCGGCUGAAGCUGAGGGAUGAGUAGGAGGUACG